AUGAUCAUAUCUGGGGUGCUGCACGGCAGCAGACAGCUGGUGCCGCCCCUGCCCCUGCACGGCCGCGAAGAGCGCCGCCCGCGUGAGCAAACCCCGGGGCCUGAGCAACAGGGGCGUCCAGAGACGUUCACAAGAGCGCGAGCGAACCCCUCGACGCCCCGCCGUCUGCAGGCGCUGUUCACACCCUCCCCACGGCGCCCGCCACACCUCGAGGAGCUCGGGCCGUUCCCAACGCUGCCGAGCCCCGCAGGGGCACCUGGGAGCCCACUCGCGCCGGCCGAGAGGGCGGGGUCACCCUCGCGUGGGCCCCGCGACGCCCAGACUUGCGAGCCGCUGGCGCCCGCGGACUCGGGAACAAGUGCUUCCGGGGCGGGGCCUGGGCCGCGGAGCCACCUGGGAAAAGAGCCCGCCCUUCCCGCACCGGAUUCCGGCGUGGGCGUCUGCUGCGACGCUGACGGGCGGGCCGGGCAGCCAAUCGUGGCGAGGCGACCGGUGCGGCCUGAAACGGGGCGUCUGCCUUCUCAGGUGGCCAUGGCGACGGGACAGGUGCUGUUCCAGCGGUUCUUCUACACCAAGUCCUUCGUGAAGCAUUCCAUGGAGCACGUGUCCAUGGCCUGCGUCCACCUGGCCUCCAAGAUAGAAGAGGCGCCCAGACGGAUACGGGACGUCAUCAACGUGUUCCAUCGCCUGCGACACCUGAGGGAGAAAAAGAAACCGGUGCCUCUAGUACUGGAUCAAGACUAUGUUAACUUAAAGAAUCAAAUUAUAAAAGCGGAAAGACGAGUUCUCAAAGAGCUGGGGUUUUGCGUCCAUGUGAAGCAUCCUCACAAGAUAAUCGUUAUGUACCUUCAGGUGUUAGAGUGUGAGCGUAACCAACACCUGGUCCAGACCUCAUGGAACUACAUGAAUGACAGCCUCCGCACUGACGUCUUCGUGCGGUUCCAGCCUGAGAGCAUUGCCUGCGCCUGCAUCUAUCUCGCUGCCCGCACGCUGGAGAUCCCUUUGCCCAAUCGUCCGCACUGGUUUCUUUUGUUUGGAGCAACUGAAGAAGAAAUUCAAGAAAUCUGCUUAAAAAUCCUGCAGCUUUAUACUCGGAAGAAGGUUGACUUGACGCACUUGGAGAGUGAGGUGGAAAAGAGAAAGCUCGCCAUGGAGGCGGCGAAGGCGCAGGCGCGGGGCCUGCCGCCAGGGGGCGCGCAAGUGCUGGACGGCCCCGCGGGCUUCUCGCCGGCCUCCAAGCUGGAGUCCCCCAAAGAUGGGAAAGGAAACAAGCUUUCCCCGCUGUCCGGGAAGAAUGCCCAGAGGACAAUGGAGGGUGUGAGGAAAGCUGAGGCAGACGGCCCUGUGAACGGCUUGUCCAAGGCAGCAGGGAGUCAGAGCCGGAGCAGGAGCCGUGAGCAGAGCUGCUCGAGGUCCCCGUCGCGGUCCGCUUCUCCUAAGAGGAGGAAGAGUGACAGUGGCUCAACGUCUGGCGGGUCCAAGUCGCAGAGCCGCUCUCGGAGCCGGAGUGACUCCCCACCGAGACAGCCGCAUCGAGGCGCUCCCUACAAAGGCUCCGAGGGGAGGGGCUCUCGGAAGUCCAAGGACUGCAAGUACCCCACCCAGAGGCCACACAGGUCUCGGAGCCAGAGCUCCUCCCGGUCUAGAAGCCAGUCACGGGAGCGGGUGGAUAAUUCUGGAAAAUACAAGAAGAAAAGUCAUUACUACAGAGAUCAGCGACGGGAGCGUUCGCGGUCAUACGAGCGCACUGGCCAUCGCUAUGAGCGGGACCACCCUGGGCACAGUAGGCAUCGGAGGUGAGGUGGGGCCCCGAGUGACUGGCUGGCCUCAGACUCCUUCUCAGAGGGUCUCUGGGGGGCUGCCCUGCAACCCUCCUAUCUUGCAC